AUGGAAACAUAUACGUGACCCCUCACUGAGACUAAUUCUUUCAGACUAAUAUUUUUUCGCCUAUUUUUUUUUUGCCUAUUUUUUUUUAGCCUAUUUUUUUUUAGCCUAAAUUUUUUUUGGCCUAAUAUUUUUGUGCCUAAUAUUUUUUGGCCUAAUUUUUUUUGCCUAAUUUUUUUUGGCCUAUUUUUUUUGGCCUAAUUUUUUUUGGCCUAAUUUUUUUUGGCCUAAUUUUUUUUUGGCCUAAUUUUUUUGGCCUAAUUUUUUUUGGCCUAAUUUUUUUUGGCCUAAUUUUUUUUGGCCUAAUUUUUUUGGCCUAAUUUUUUUGGCCUAAUUUUUUUUGGCCUAAUUUUUUUGGCCUAAUUUUUUUGGCCUAAUUUUUUUGGCCUAAUUUUUUUUGGCCUAAUUUUUUGGGAUAAAAUUUCUCUAUCCAACUCCUCAAUGCUCUAUAAUAUAAUACUUUCAAGUUAUUUAUGCGGAUGUGAGAUAGAUUCUAACUUUAAUACUCCUUCUUAUAUUAAACUUAAUAUUUUGAUGAGUAAAUAUAAGCAUAUCUCUGAGCUCAUUUUCCUGUUUUCCUCAUAUUUUAAGCUUACUCCCCCCCCCCAUCCUUGAUCGAACGAUUGACUGUAAAAAUUCCUAAAAUUUAGGGAAAUUAACCCCCAUCCUUGAUCGAACGAUUUUCAUAUCAUGCAAAUUUUUAUAUAUAUAAAAAAUAUAUUAGCUAUCAAAAACUUGGGAAGAUGUAUCUAAUGAAGUUGCUUUGAGAGUUUUGAGACAACAGAAAGCUGCGAAAUCAGCCAUUCGAAGUGAUUUAACCAUCGGCCUCGGCUUAAAAGCUCAAUAAUCUAUAAAAUAGAGAUUCUUUACUCCCCCCUUUAAAUUGGAACUAAAAAUUUUGUUCUAUUUUUUUUUUUUAAAAAAAAUAUCAAUAUAAAAUUUUUUAUAAAAUAUAUAAAAAUUUAAAAAAAAAAUUUCAAAAACUUAUCGAAUUAGAUUAAUAAAUUUGUUCAAUAAAAUGCUAUUUACUCUUUAUCCUUUAAAACAAAGCAAGAUAUAACUAAAUUUUCAUUAUUAGUUAAUGCGCCACUCAAAAAAAUUAGGCCCAAAAUAUUAGGCCAAAAAAAAUUAGGCCAAAAAAAUUAGGCCAAAAAAAAAUUAGGCCAAAAAAAAUAGGCCAAAAAAAAUUAGGCCAAAAAAAAAUUAGGCCAAAAAAAUUAGUCCAAAAAAAUUAGGCCAAAAAAAUUAGGCCAAAAAAAAUUAGGCCAAAAAAAAUUAGGCCAAAAAAAAUUAGGCCAAAAAAAUUAGGCCAAAAAAAAUUAGGCAAAAAAAAUUAGGCUAAAAAAAAUUAGGCCCAAAAAAAUUAGGCUAAAAAAAAUUAGGCCAAAAAAAUUAGGCCAAAAAAAAAUUAGGCCCAAAAAAAAAUAGGCCAAAAAAAAUUAGUCCAAAAGAAUUUGACCCAGAGAGGAGGAACCAACAUAUAUGCUUACUUUACUAGAUGCCAAUAUAAGAGCUGAAACUAUCUCAGAAUUAUCAUACGAUAUAACUCUGCUGCUCACUGAGAAUUCAGGGUUCUCUGGAAUCUUAAAAGCCGAGUUUUUCUGCCAAAGUACAAAAAAUCGUAUUUUCCUUGAUUUUCAUGGGAAAGAAGUCCAUUCUUUAUCAAUAAAUAAUGCAAGGCAAAAGUCUUUUAUAUACAAAAACAGCCAAAUUGAUUUAAAUGAUUUAGUAAUAGGCAGAAAUUUUGUUGAAGUCGAAUUCGAAAAUGAGUAUUCUCAUGAUGGAACUGGCUUGCAACAGUACAGAGACAAAGAAGACCAGGAAGUUUAUGUUUAUUCUACCUGCAGCCCAUUCGCAGCAAAUCGAAUAUUUCCAUGCUUUGACCAGCCAAACUUAAAAGCCUCUUUUUCCUUGUCAGUUUUUGCUCCGCCAUCAUGAAAAGUAAUUGCGAACGAAAAGCAUUCCAGAAUUAUCCCAAUACCUAGAAUUCCGUUUUCCAGCCCUUUAUCCCUUCACAUUUUCCAUAAAACCCCUAAAAUAAGCACCUAUUUAUUCGCGGUAUGUGCUGGACCCUAUUCAGAAUUUCGAAACGAUAACAAUGAGCUUUCUUUAGAUUUAGGCUUUUACUGUAGAAAAUCUAUUUCUUCUUAUUUUGACUCAACCACCUUUUUUAAUUGGACAAUAAAAAGUUUAGCAUUUUUCAAUGAAUUUUUUGAUUAUAUUCUUUUUCCAUUAUUUUUUCUUAAAAAAUAAGCUUAUUAAGCGUACUAAAAAUUCAAUAUAGCCCAGAAUAAAUGCCCAUUUUCUAAGUAUGACCAAGUUUUUAUCCCAGAAUUUAAAUGGACAGCUAUGGAAAACGUUGGCUGUGUGACUUUUCUUGAAUGAAUUAUGUGGUGGAAUUCACAAAUAGGGAAAUCCCAGAACCUAGGAGUUUUUCUCCAUGAAAUGUCCCAUGUGUGGUUUGGGAAUGUGGUUACUAUGAAAUGAUGAAACGACUUGUGGCUUAAAGAGAGCUUUGCGACAUUUUUGUCUUUUCUGGUAAAAGAUGCGGGUGCAGGUCCAAUGAUCGCACACUUUUGAUAGUGUGCAUUUCACCGAAGCAAAUUUUGUCGAAAAUUGAUUGAAACGAGACCUUUGACCAAAAACAACAGUUAAAUUUCGACCAAAUGCCACACUAUUUAAAAAUUUUCGACCAAAUGUACUUAUAUCAAAAAUCCGCUGUCAUUUGACAUGGAGCUAAAAGAUACCAUUUUUUGUGAGGAAUUUCCUGAUACUUGGAUUGAAUUUUUUAUCAAUAAGAAGCGUGGAUAUGCUAUUGAUGAGCUGAGUACUACACACCCCAUUUCGAGCAUAAUUGAAAAUACGAAUCAAGCUGAGACGAAUUUUGAUGGGAUUUCUUAUAACAAAAGCUCAGCUAUUUAAAAUUUAAAAAAAUUUUAAGGAAGAAAUGUAAUUAUUUAUAUUUUAUUUUAUUAAAAAUAGAUUAUUCUUGCUAUUGAUGAUGGUUGUAGUAAUCAAUAAUGGUAUAUAUUAAAACAGCUUUAUUUUUUGGUAGGUAAAGAAGUUUUUGCAGAAAGCUUAAAAAGUUACAUUAAGAAAUACCAAUUUUCUAAUGCAGAUUUCCAAGAUUUAAUUGAUAUUAUAAUAGAGCAGGCCUUAGAUUCAGAUAUUUCUAUUCAAGAUUGGGCUGAGGACUGAAUUAAAACUGCAGGUGUAAAUGAAUUAGAGCCUAUUAUAAGCAGAGACGAAAGUAGAAAGAUAGUAAAUUUUAUUGUAAAGCAAACCCCUGGACUAUUAGAAUUCCCUACAUUAAGAUAUCAUAAAAUCAAUGUAGAAUUCUUUGACUCUUCAAUGAAUUCUAUCCAAAAAUUUACAAUUAAUGUACUUCCACAGCUGGAGACUGUUUUCGAUCAAUUUAAUGGCAUUGAGGCUCACUGCGCAAUAUUAAAUGUUGAUGACUGGGGAUACUGCAAAGUCAUAAUUGACGAAUUUUCAAUGAAAAGUCUAAAAAAGCAUUUUUCAAGCAUUUCAAACCCAUUAACAAGGCUUAUCAUUUAUAAAGCACUUUGGGAUAUGGUGACAGAUAUCAAGCUAUCUGCUGUCGAGUUUAUUGAAUGUUUUAUAGCAGCUCAAAUCCCGCUAGAAACAAAUCUUUAUGUUCUAUACCAAUUAUGCAAUGAAUAUCUCUUUAAUAGAUUUUAUAUUAAACAAAACAUAAAAUAAGCUAAUAAGCAUAGAUUAUGCAUUUAAUAUAGCAACCCAAGCAAUGAAUUUUAUUCCAUCUGAAGCUUUAAAAGAGCAAGUCAUGCACGAGAUAUUCAACAUCAUAGUCAAUAAGAUUGAAAAUUCAGUCAACGAUGAAGAACUAUUUCUAUUUAAAAAUAUGUCUUAUCAAUUUCUUUAUGCCAAAAGUGAUAUUGAAAGGUGUUUAAAUUGACUGAAAAAUAAUGCAACUGAUGUAAAAAAUUGAGAGCUUGAAUGCUAUGAGAGGUGGAAUAUUCUAACUCACCCUGACUAUGACCGAAUGCUUAUAAAUUUAUUAAAAAUUGGGAAAUUUACUCAUCAUCCUUGAUCGAACGAUUUUCAUAUUAAUCAAUCAUGAAAUCGUCACUUUGGCCUGCCUAAAAUCUUAUUACCUAUUUUAGCAAUAAAAAAUAUAGUCUUUUGGCAUUAUUUCUGAUCGGCUCCCACUAGCCAAAAAUGAGUUUCCACGUGGAAUUUCUGGAUUUUCACGCGUGAAAUCCAUCUUUGGCUCGGGAGCCGAUCAGAAAUUUAAGCAACUAAUAAUAUAGAGCUAUUACAGUAUAAUUGCUCCUAACAAAUAUAAUACAGUUUCCAGCAUAUUUGUUGGCAUAUCGCAUAUUUCUAUACUAAUUGACCAAGAAUAGCCCACUAUGGAGCCAUUCUUGGUCUGCCAGAAAAAAUUUUGACAAAAAGAUCCUAAUCUGCCAUUACCACUGAGUUUUGGUGUUGCCAAUUUUUUUGGGCAAGCCAAAUGCAAUAAAAAAAAUUGUUCUUUUGCGAUGAUGCAUUUGGCUUGUCAAAAAAAUUUGGAAACACCAAAACUCAGUGGUAAUGGCAGAAAAAGAUCCUAAUCUGCCAUUACCACUGAGUUUUGGUGUUGCCAAUUUUUUUUGACAAGCCAAAUGCAUCAUCGCAAAAGAAACAUUUUUUUUAUUGCAUUUGGCUUGCCCCAAAAAAUUUGGAAACACCAAAACUCAGUGGUAAUGGCAGAUUAGGAUCUUUUGUCAAAAUUAUUUCUGGCAGACCAAGAAUGGCUCCUUAGUGGGCUAUUCUUGGUCAAUUAGUAUAUAUUUCAUAUAAAAAAAGUAUUAAUAUCACAACUAAAAAUUAGUGAAAAAUUUUAAUGACAAUCCAUUUGAUUGAAGGGGUAAGAGCUUAUUCGGCCAUAAAUGUAAAUGCUGAAGCAUUUAUUUUGGAAGAGACAAAUAUAAAUAAAAGCUCAUCUGGCCAUUUUGCAAAACUAUUUUGUGACGCUGCAUAUCCAGAUAUAGGGAAAAAAGAAGCUGCUUGAAAUAUGCUUAUAAACAAUGGAGAAAAACUGUCAAGUAAAGAAAGGCUGGAGUUUAUGAAAGGGUUUAAUAUCUCACGACAAAAAGAUGUGCUAAGUCCUUUUAUAGACACAUUUUUUUCCAGUCUUCGCAGCAUUGUAAUUGAAGCUGGGCCAGAAUUUUCAAGAGCCUUUUGCCAAUAUAUGUUACCUUCAUCCAGAAACGCUGAAGACAUUAUAGAAAAAAUAGAAAUUGCCAUAGAGAAUAUGCCAGAGGAAAGGCUAGACAUUAAAAGAAUAUUAAGAGAAUCAGCAGAUAAAUACCAAAAAUAUAAAAUAGGCAGGAAUUUGUCUCAAGAAUAUUUAGAUAAAAAAUUAAGGGUUAGGAUUUAA